AUGUCUUCAACCUCAUCCCCUGUGUCCCACAUGGACGAAAAGCCCGAGAAGAACGAAUUCAACAAUGAAAUUAUCUCCAAUGGCGGCUCAGACGCGACCGCCAAUCAUAUCACCAGCGACUCCGGUCGUCUGCACGCCCUGGAGCAACUAGAAGUCCUACCCAAGAUGCUCCAGGAGGGCAUCCUCUUCGCUGGCUCAGGGGCAGCCCUCCUCCUCCAGGCGGCGCUCCCUGGUAUCCGCGCGGAGACUUCAGGCGGACACAAGGAGCUCGCGACGGAACUGAUCGAUGCCCUGCAGGCGCAUAUCAGUUACAUCUCCUGUCUGGUCUUUGGCACGCGUGCUGAGCGCAAGACUCUGAUUGAGAUGUUGCAUAAUGGCGACCCGCCUCUUCUCGGUGGUGGGCGCUCGAACCGGUUUACACAGCAGCCGGCUUUGCAGUUGUGGAUGGCUGCUACGUUGUAUGCUACUGCGACGGAUUUCUAUCAGCGUGUCUACGGCCGGGUCGAUUAUGCUAGUGCCCAGCGGGCGUAUAGCGAGUUUACGCUGCUGAUGAACUGUCUGGGUGUGCCGGCUGGUACCUGGCCUGAGACUCGUGAGGCGUUCUGGUCGUAUUGGGAUCGGCAGGUGUCUGAGUUGACGGUUUCGUCUGAUGCGGCGCAGUUUGCCAAGGAUCUGCGAGAGAGUACUGAGAUGCCGCGCUGGGUGCAGAGUAUGAAGCCUUUCUUGCGGGUGUCGACCAUUGAGAUGCUGCCUCCGAAGCUGCGGGAUGCGUAUGGGCUUCGGUCGACGGUGGCUACUCGGGCGAUUUAUCGCACGUGGAUGGGAUUCUCUGUUGCGGUUUACCCGGCGAUGCCGAAUAAGUGGAGGGCGUAUCCUCUGAAAUUCUACCAGGAUCGCUUGCGGGAGAAGUUGAAUGUGGUGUGA